AUGGAUAUCACUACUUGUACUAUUUUUGCUAUUUUUGUUUUGAUAAUAUUUAUCUUGUGUGGAAUAUUUUACAAUUAUUUUGUGAAACAAAAUGAAUCGACAUUACUAACAUUAGUUGUUUUUAUUUUAUCUCUAAGUACAACCUUUACUUUAGUUUUGUUCAUACCGAUAGAUAUAUAUUUGGUAUCAAAUGGGAACUUAGAGAUAUCAAAUUUAGAGAUAAGCCAGAAGCUUAUAUCCCGAUUUUAUAAUUCCAUGUUUUGGACUCUAAUAUUCGAAGCAUAUAUUUUAGUCCCGUUUUCUUAUUUUUAUCUUAAAAAUAAAAAAUCAUAUAAAAAUGAAUUUGAUGAUAAUUUAGAAGUUUGCGAAAAUGUAUUUGAAUCUUUGAAGAAAACAAUAUAUUUUAUAUUUUUUUUAGUUGCAGUUUCAAUAAUUGGUCUAAUUUAUCGACCUGGACAUAAAAUUCCAAUGGAAAAAGGAAAAGAAUUGGAUUAUAUUUCCGAUUUAUUUGAUGUGAAACAUACUGGAGAAUCUGCCAUUUUGUUUUUGAUGGGAUGUGUCGUCUUUAUUGGUGUAUCUUUUUGGGUUUCAUACACAAGCUAUGGAUUGGCCUGCUUGCCCAUUGAACUAUUGAAACAAAAAAAUAUAGAAUACGACAAAAAAGAAAUCGAAUAUCGUUUUGAAAACUUAAAAGAGAAAGAAGCGAUGAUAAAGAAAAAAUAUAACACACUAAACGAAAUAAAGGAUGAUGAUAGAGAUGAAAUUUUAAAAAUUAAUAAUAUGAAAAGAUUGCUGAGCAAAUACAAUUAUAAGCUCCAAGAAAUCGAAAAAAUAUCAGAAUCUUGGGUAUCAUAUAUAAUAGGGAUUGCACUCACAUUUCGAAUUUUAACGGGAUUAAUAUUUUUAACAUUCUCAUCAAUUAUAUUUGUAUCUCUUUUGGCUUCCAUAACGGAUAAAUAUUUUAAUUCCAUUUGCGCCUACAAGUGUGGAUUUGUUUUGGAUCAAAUAAAUACACUAUAUAAUAUAGUUGAUUCAUCGUUGAUAUUUUUUUCAAAGUACUUUCCAUUAGACAUUUUAGUUCUAGCUAGUUUGGCUUUGUAUAUUUUUUGUUGCUCAGUAUACGGAAUUAUAAAUGUUGGAAUUAGAAUUUUUUUUAUUCCAUUAUACAAAUUGAAGCCCAAAAAAACAUCCCCAGAAACAAUGUUAGUUUUCUCUUUCGUAUUGAUCCACAUCAUUUUAGUAUUAAUCAUGAGUCUUUUAACGAUUGCACCAAACUAUGUAACAUAUGGAAUACAAAAUAUAAAGAUAGAUGAUGAAAUAGGAUAUAUAAAAUGUUCCUUAAAAACAGAUAAGCACAUUUGUAAGAUGUCAGUUUUGUCUCGAUUUUUUAACAAGAUUUUUUUCGGAAUUCCAUACUUUGCAAAUAGUUACUUUUUUUCCAACUGGUUUUUUAUACUUAUGUACACACUUUCCCUGUUGUACACAAUUUGUUUUAAAAAGUCAAGCUAUUUAGAUCGGUUAAAUGAUCCCAAUUUAAGUUCCGAAAAUUUGGAUGAGAAAAUGAAUUUAUUACCCAUGGAAAAGUUAACAUAG